AUGAAGCACGAGGAGGAGAAGCGUCAGCUGUACAACCGGCAGGAGUAUGUUGUGGGCGUCGAGACGCAGGCAAAGUACGGCAGCACGGAUGUUCUUGUUGUUGGUGCCUGUGGGCUUGGGGCGGAGAUUGUGAAGAAUCUCGCGCUCACUGGCGUUCGCUCCAUCAAAAUUAUGGACAGUGGUACCGCAAUUCUGCAGGAUCUGGGCACGAACUUUUUCUUGACCCCCCAAGACGUCGGCCAACCGCGGGCGGAUGUGGUGGCGCGUAGGGCGCAGGAAUUGAAUCGUUUCGUCCAUAUCACCGCCGUGACGAGUCCGCUGCACGAGGUGAUCCCAGACGUCCACGUUGUGGUUUUCGUGAACCAACGCACCACCGCGCUCGUCGGCGAAAAUGCACUUGCACGGAAGCAUGACGUGAAGUUUGUGGCGUGUGAAAGCCGUGGCAUCGUGGGAUGCGUGUUUGUGGAUGCGGGACCGUCCUUCAGCGUUUUGGACCCCGAUGGCGAGGAGACGGUCUCCUGCAUCGUGACGAGCGUCUCGCGCGACGGCGUCGUCUCUUUGCAUGAGGACAAGAAGCAUGAGUGCGAGGUUGGGAGCCAUAUCUUCUUUACCGGCGUUGUGUCACCUGCCGCCGUGAACGCCGACAUUGACCCGUCCACGAUUCAUGGCCGCUGUCAAAGUGCCGCCUCUCCGUUACUGAAGUUGUUUGAAGUGGCGGAAGUCAUAUCCCCUUUCAUUCUGCGUCUGAAGGAUUUUGAGGCGGCAGUGGGAAAUAGCCCCAUUGAGGUCGGCACCGGCGCCUACCUUCACACAACAAAGCGACACGUACUCAUGGGAUUUAAGGACUUGGAGCAAAGUGUUGCCGAUCCGACGUUUGUCUCCAUCUUUGAUAGUGAAGAGAAAGUGAAUGCCCCAGCUACGUUGCACGCAUUGUUUCGUGCCCUGCAUGAUCAUGGCACAUUGCCAACAACACCCACGGAAGUGAACAGUCUGUUGAAUUUGGCAGAGGCAUACCACAGCAGCUGCAACAGUGGCCAUCUCGAUGUGGAAUUUUCCAAGAAGGCUCUUUCCGUGAUUCAUGGCAAUCUGAACCCAAUGGCGUGCCUGAUUGCAGGCAUCGCUUCACAGGAAGUGCUCAAGGUGUGCAGUGGCAAGUUUACACCCAUACAGCAGUGGCUGUAUUAUGAUGCAAGGGAGUUGCUUGUGGCUCGUGGCGAGGUCGCAGAAGCGGAUCUUCGUCCCCCAUCCCCGACGGGCAGCCGAUAUGACAAACAGAUUGCUGUUCUUGGGGCGGCGUUUCAGUCAUACUUAUCGAAGCAGCGGGCCUUCAUCAUUGGUGCCGGGGCGCUGGGUUGCGAGCUCAUCAAGAACGCUGCAUGCAUGGGUUUUGGAGGCAUCUCCAUUACAGACAUGGACAGCAUUGAGAUCAGUAACCUUUCGCGCCAGUUUCUAUUUCGUAACAGUCACAUUGGGCAGCACAAGUCACGGGUGGCGGGUGAGGCGGCGAUGGCUAUUAACCAUGACCUGCAUGUGACCUCCUUUGUGGAGAAGGUUUCAGUCGAGACGGAGGGUAUCUUUAAUGAAGCCUUUUGGGACUCUCACGCGGUUGUACUAAACGCUUUGGACAAUGUACAGAGCCGCAAGUAUGUGGAUAGUCGUUGUCUCUUUUACAAGAAGCCACUUUUUGAGAGUGGGACGCUGGGGACAAAGUGCAAUGUGCAGUGUAUCAUUCCAUACUGUACGGAGAGCUACAGCAGCAGCCAUGACCCACCAGAGAAGGCGAUUCCGCUCUGCACCUUGAAGAACUUCCCCAAUGCCAUUGAGCACACAAUUCAGUGGGCACGUGACAACUUUCAUGUUCUCUUUACCAAUACGCCCGAGGAGGUUAAUUCAUACCUGCAGGACCCGACCACUUUUGCGGCAAAUCUGGAGCGUGAUCCUGCCACCAAAACAAUGGCAUUAAAAGCGGUUCGGGAUGCGCUGUUGCGGUGGCCGAUGGACGCAGCGGAUUGCGUACGGAUCGCGCGAAGGCUGUAUCACGAGUACUUCAGUGAUGCCUUCCGACAGUUGCUCUACAACAUUCCGAUCGACAAGCGCAAUGAAAAUGGCGAGCUUUUUUGGAGCGGUGCGAAAAAGCCGCCAACCCCGCAGGAGUUUUCACCCGAUUCAGAGUUGAGCAUGUCGUUUGUUUACCACUGUGCCUACUUGCUUGCGUGUGUGUACGGUCUGCCACCAUUCACGCUUUCCCGAGCGGAUGUGGCGCGUGUGGCGGGGGAGACAAGUGUUCCAGAGUUUGUUCCGCGUCAAGCCGUCUUUGCAACCAGUGAAGCGGAGAAGGAGGAAUCUGUGGCAAAUCUUGCUGCUGAAAUUGGCUUGCAGGAUCUGCCGCCGGUGAGUGAGUUUCAUGGGCGUCGCAUGGUUCCCGAGUUCUUUGAGAAGGACGACCCGACCAACCAUCAUGUGGAGUAUAUCACAGCCUGUUCCAACAUGCGUGCCGUCGCAUACAACAUUCCUCCUGCGGAUGUCCAUCAUACAAAGCGCAUUGCAGGGAAAAUUAUUCCAGCAAUGGUGACAACCACAGCAUUGGUCACGGGUCUGGUUGGAUUGGAGGUACUCAAACGUCUUCUCAUGACCCAACGGCAAGAGAGGAGUGGGAUGCCGGCCAAUGCGGUUCCCACGUAUGAAGAGAUACAGAAACAGCUUAGCAUAUACCGCAAUGCCUUUGUGAACAUUGCACUGCCUUUUAUUGCCUUUUCUGAUCCCAUCAUUGCCUCUGGGGCGACAUACCCGUUACCGGAUGGCACUUCUGUUCGCUGGGGUAUUUGGGACCGUAUUGAUGUGAAUGAGGGACGCGAUCUGACUGUGCAGGAGUUGGUCACUGUGCUCGAGAGCCGUUACCAGGUGGAACUUUUCAUCAUUGCCCUCGCAAGUGGAAAGAUAAUUUACUCCCAAUUUGGCAACACGAAGGACCGUGUCAAGCCUGUCUCCACUGUGGUUCUGGAGAAGGGAGAGCAACUGCAGGACGGAGAGGACUGUUGCUGUCUGGUCGCAACGGGUAGUAUCAGUGAUGUCGACGUGGAUAUACCCGUGAUUCGCUACCGUUUCCGCAACUUUUAA